UUUAUCCCUGUCGUCGGUGUACAUUUAUUACCCAACCCGACAAUUCGAUUUCAAUAUCUCCGUCUAAAUUCACUUCUUUCUUCUUCACCUUAGCUCCAUCUAUUUCCGACGACGAUCCGAUUUCGCCAUCAGUUAUUCGUCCGUUGGGUGGACCGUGUUCCCGUCGCCUUUGGAUCAGUCGGCUUAAAAUCAUGAAUCCCGAAUAUGAUUACUUGUUUAAACUUUUAUUAAUAGGAGAUUCUGGUGUUGGAAAGUCAUGUCUUCUCCUGAGAUUUGCUGAUGAUUCUUAUUUGGACAGUUACAUCAGCACAAUUGGUGUUGACUUCAAAAUACGCACUGUGGAGCAAGAUGGGAAGACAAUGAAACUUCAAAUUUGGGACACUGCUGGACAAGAACGCUUCAGGACGAUUACCAGUAGUUACUACCGUGGGGCACAUGGCAUCAUUAUAGUUUAUGAUGUAACUGACCAAGAAAGCUUUAACAAUGUUAAGCAAUGGUUGAGUGAGAUUGAUCGUUAUGCAAGUGACAACGUAAACAAGCUUCUGGUUGGAAAUAAGUGUGACCUGGCUGACAACCGAGCUGUGUCUUAUGAUACAGCAAAGGCAUUUGCUGAUGAAAUUGGUAUUCCAUUCAUGGAGACUAGUGCUAAGAAUGCCACUAAUGUUGAGCAGGCCUUCAUGGCAAUGGCAGCUGACAUAAAGAAUAGGAUGGCAAGCCAGCCAGCGUCGAAUAAUGCAAAGCCUCCAACAGUGCAGAUACGAGGUCAACCUGUUUCACAGAAGAGUGGUUGCUGUUCUAGUUAGAAUCACUUUUCAGGCCUUCUUUCUGGUUGCACUGUGCCAGUUGUAUUCUUUUAAUCUGCCAGUAUUCUGGUGGCCUGUACAAAUCAUAAGGGUUGCUCCUAAAAAAUUUUCUUUCCUCUUUGAUAUUUUUUUAAACUGGGGUUCAAAGUUGCAAUGUUGGUUUCUGCUGUUUCAGGCAGUUGUUUCAUAAGUUAGUUUUUAAGAUGGGGAUAGUGAGAGUUGUAAUGCAGUUGUACUAUGUUUCUACUUGACUAUGAUUCUCUUUAAAUAAGUUGCUCUGCAGAAGUGUUGGUAUUUUA